AUGAAGAUUGACAAAGAGGACGAUCAGCAACAGCAGCAAAUGCGCCGCGUCGCGUUCUUCGCCGUCGCCGUCUCGACGGCGGCUGUCAUUUCGAGCAUCGUCACGCUGCCGAUGAUCUAUUCCUAUGUGCAAUCGUUCCAAUCGCAUUUGAUCAUUGAAACCGAGUUCUGCAAGUCUCGUGCUCGCGACAUGUGGGUUGAGACGCAAGUGCUCCACAAGUCGGGAAUCGCGAGAACGCGUCGAGCCGCCGGCUAUGACGAGGGCGGCAACGCGGGCAGCGGCGGCUACGGUGGUCCGACGGGCGCCGGCGCCGAUAUUGGUCCGACGUGUUGUCCUUGCCAACAGGGUCCCGCCGGACCACCGGGACCUCCGGGAGAUCCGGGACCGGCUGGAAACGACGGAGCGCACGGAAUUCCGGGAUCGCCCGGCAAAGAGGGCAACAUUCUGUUGUCGGCUCUACCACCGUCGGAGCCGUGCAUUAUCUGCCCGCAGGGACCACAAGGAGCCGUCGGACAGCAGGGACCCACCGGGCCACCGGGACCGAAAGGCAAAUCGCAGGAGCGCGCGUCGGACGGCAAAAACGGCGAGCCAGGCAUGAUGGGACCUCCAGGACCGCCGGGUGUCGUCGGCGAGCCCGGACCACCGGGACCACCGGGAGCCAAAGGACGACUCAUUCAAGUCAACGGGCCCGCUGGGCCAGCGGGACCACGCGGACCAAAAGGCCCGCCAGGACCGAAGGGACUUCCAGGCGUUCCAGGACUCACCGAACAAGGAGAGCAAGGCGAGCCCGGCGACAAUGGAGGACCAGGACCGGUUGGAAACCAGGGCCCAGUCGGACCACAGGGACCACAAGGGCCACCAGGAGACGAGGGAUCUUGCGAUCACUGUCCGGAGCCGAGAACACCGCCAGGCUACUAA